AUGGCGGUGAAUUACGCGGCCGGGCUCUCGCCCUACUCAGACAAGGGCAAGUGCGGCCUCCCCGAGAUUUUUGACCCACCAGAGGAGCUGGAGCGGAAGGUGCAGGAGCUGGCAGACUUGAUCAGGAGUUCCUCCAAUGUGGUGUUCCACACCGGGGCUGGCAUCAGCACUGCCUCGGGGAUUCCCGACUUCAGGGGGCCCAAUGGUGUCUGGACAAUGGAAGAGAAGGGGCUGUCCCCCAAAUUUGACACCACCUUUGAGAAUGCCAGGCCCUCCAAGACUCACAUGGCACUGCUGGGGCUGCAGAGAGUUGGUAUCCUGAAGUUCCUGGUCAGCCAGAACGUGGAUGGGCUUCACGUGCGCUCCGGAUUCCCACGGGACAAGCUGGCUGAGCUCCACGGGAACAUGUUCGUAGAGGAGUGUGUGAAGUGUGGCAAGCAGUACGUGCGAGACGCCGUGGUGGGCAGCAUGGGGCUGAAGCCCACGGGCAGGCUCUGCAGCGUCACCAAGGCCAGGGGCCUGCGGGCAUGCAGAGGGAAGUUAAGAGAUACCAUUCUGGACUGGGAGGAUGCCCUGCCCGACCGUGACCUGACACUGGCAGAUGAAGCCUGCAGGAAAGCUGAUCUCUCUGUCACCCUGGGCACCUCCCUGCAGAUCAAACCCAGUGGCAACCUGCCGCUGAUCACCAAGAAGCGAGGAGGGAAGUUGGUCAUAGUCAACCUGCAGGCAACCAAACACGACAGGCAGGCUGACCUGCGCAUCCACGCCUACGUCGACGACGUCAUGACGAAGCUGAUGAAGCUCCUGGGGCUGGAGGUGCCGGAGUGGGCAGGGCCGGUGGUGGUGGAACGUGCUGAGCUCAUCACACCUGAGCAGCUCUUCAAAUCGGACCCCGGGGCUCAGGGGCUGCUGAAAGAGGACCCCCCCCUCCCCCAGCAGAAUGGCACAGGGGGACUGUGCCCUGGCCUUGGGACCACACUGGGGGAGCACCGUGAGAGCCUGAAGCAGGAAUGUCCCAGCCCGGACACGGGGCCAGCAGUGGUGAAGAAGAUGAAGGUGGAGCCUCUCCUCACCUGACCCAGACUGUUC